GCAGCUUCCGGCGUCGCUCGUGUAGGUGGGUGAAGAAGGAGCGGGCCCUCGGCGCUGUGUCUCAGUCCCUCGCGCUCUCUCGGGCAACAUGGCGGGUGUGGAGGAGGCGGCGUCCUGCGGGAGUCACCUGAAUGGCGACCUGGAUCCAGACGACAGGGAGGAGGGAGCUGCCUCUACGGCUGAGGAGGCGGCCAAGAAAAAAAGACGGAAGAAGAAGAAGAGUAAAGGGGCUGGCACAGCAGGGCAACAGGAACCUGAUAAAGAAUCAGGAGCCUCAGUUGAUGAGGUAGCAAGACAAUUGGAAAGACAAGCAUUGGAAGAGAAAGAAAGAGAUGAUGACGAUGAAGAUGGAGAUGGUGAUGGAGAUGGAGCAACUGGAAAGAAGAAGAAAAAGAAGAAGAAGAAGAGAGGACCAAAAGUUCAAACAGACCCUCCCUCAGUUCCAAUAUGUGACCUGUUUCCUAACGGUGUAUUUCCCAAAGGACAAGAAUGCGAGUACCCACCCACACAAGAUGGGCGAACUGCUGCUUGGAGAACUACAAGUGAAGAAAAGAAAGCAUUAGAUCAAGCUAGUGAAGAGAUUUGGAAUGAUUUUCGAGAAGCUGCAGAAGCACAUCGACAAGUUAGAAAAUAUGUUAUGAGCUGGAUCAAGCCUGGGAUGACAAUGAUAGAAAUCUGUGAAAAGUUGGAAGACUGUUCACGAAAGUUAAUAAAAGAGAAUGGAUUAAACGCAGGCCUGGCAUUUCCUACUGGGUGUUCUCUGAAUAACUGUGCUGCCCAUUAUACUCCCAAUGCUGGUGACACAACAGUAUUACAGUAUGAUGACAUCUGUAAGAUAGACUUUGGAACACAUAUAAGUGGUAGGAUUAUUGACUGUGCUUUUACUGUCACUUUUAAUCCCAAAUAUGAUACAUUAUUAAAAGCCGUAAAAGAUGCCACUAACACUGGAAUAAAGUGUGCUGGAAUUGAUGUCCGUCUAUGUGAUGUUGGUGAGGCCAUCCAAGAAGUUAUGGAAUCCUAUGAAGUUGAAAUAGAUGGGAAGACAUAUCAAGUGAAACCAAUCCGUAAUCUAAAUGGACAUUCAAUUGGGCCAUAUAGAAUACAUGCUGGGAAAACAGUGCCCAUUGUGAAAGGAGGAGAGGCAACGAGAAUGGAGGAAGGAGAAGUAUAUGCCAUUGAAACCUUUGGUAGCACAGGAAAAGGCGUGGUUCAUGAUGAUAUGGAAUGUUCACAUUAUAUGAAAAAUUUUGAUGUUGGACAUGUGCCAAUAAGGCUUCCAAGAACAAAACACUUGUUAAAUGUCAUCAAUGAAAAUUUUGGCACCCUUGCCUUCUGCCGCAGAUGGCUGGAUCGUUUGGGAGAAAGUAAAUACUUGAUGGCUCUGAAGAACCUGUGUGACUUGGGUAUUGUAGAUCCAUAUCCACCAUUAUGUGACAUUAAAGGAUCAUAUACAGCGCAGUUUGAACAUACCAUACUUUUGCGUCCAACAUGUAAAGAAGUUGUCAGCAGAGGAGAUGACUAUUAAACUUAGUCCAAAGCCACCGCAACACCUUUUAUUUUCUAAGCUUUGUUGGACUACAUUAUACCAGAAUUAAUUUGCAACAUGUUGUCUGUUUUAACAGUGGACCUAUGUAAUAUUUUAUCCAUGUUUAAAAAGGAAGGAAUUUGAUCAAAGGCAUAUCGCUUACUGUAAUUAACCAAGGAGAAAGCUUUCAGGACUUUGAAAUGUUAACUGUUUUCCCUCUGUUUAGGAAAUGCUGUAAAGCUCCAAUUAGUUAGGAAUGACUUAUACAUUUUGUUUCAAACACCUAAGAGAUGCUUUUCAGAUAUUUAUAUUGCCAUAUUCUUAACUGAAUGCUUUUAAUGACUACAUCCAGUUCUGCACCUAUACCCUCUGGUAUUGCUUUUUAACCUUCCUGGAAUCCAUUUUCUAAAAAAUAAAGACAUUUUCAGAUCUGAGAGCUAUA